UAGUACCCCCUCCACGAGUCCGUUGUACCGGUUUCCAUUGCAAUCUAGUGCUGUCAUGUUUCGUGAUAAUGUAUUUAUGUGACAAAGUUGUUAUAAAUAUUUAUUCUUUUGAAAUAAUUUAUAAGUUGUGAAAACUUUAAGAAAAGCAGAAUUCAUUCAUUAUGGUGAUUCUAAAUCUAUGAAUUAUUAUUUAUUAAUAAGUGCAAUUUAAAAAGUUGCAAGAAUAUCAAAUUUAAUAUUUUAUGUGUAUUUUCAUGAUAAUAAAGAAAAUAAUAUGAUUCUAUGGAAUGGCCGAACUGCAUGUAAUUGGCCAAAUUUCGUCUGCAAUAAGUUUUAAACAAUCGCGGCUUUUAUGCAAGUGGAGUUUUCAUGCCGGUAAUGGCUGGAAAAUUUUAAAUGGUUGUGAAGAAGGACAGACACAAGAAAGUAGCGAUUUAUAUACAAAUGAACCAUUUUGGGAUCAUCCAAUAGAUAUACAUUAUACAACACAGUCUCUUCAAAAUUCACCUAAACUUUUACUUCAAGUAUUUUGCAGAGAUACAUAUGAAAGAAUAUUAUUUACAUCAUAUGGUGUUUGUAAUGUUCCAUUAUCCCCUGGCUCGCAUUCCAUAGAAUGUCAUACAUGGAAACCAAUUGGUAUCAUCUUGUGAUAUCAAUUGUUGUUGUGACAGGGAUUGUAAUGACUUUCACUUAAAAGUUUUUUCGCAUUGUAA